UAUUGCGACGAAAAUAAAUAAGUAAUAAUUGGACCGAAAUGUCUUGGUUUAAUCUUUGGGACGGGUUAAAAACAAAGACAUGUAGAUAUCUUUUGCAAAGAUAUUUGGGACAAUUUUUUGAAAACAAUCUCAACUUGGAACAGCUAAAAGUGGACCUUUACAAUGGAAAAGCUGUUGUUGAAAAUAUUUCACUUAAAGUUAAUGCACUCAACGAGCUGUUCGAGGAACAGGGAUGGGCCUUUGAGGUGGUUUCCGGACAUAUUGGAUGCCUAACGGCGAUGGUGCCGUGGAAUGCUCUCAUGACAAACGACAGUUCCCUUUGUAUUUCUGACCUGACAAUUACCCUACGGCCUGUGACGCGUUGUCAAAGCCAAACAACUAUGUUAGAGUCCAUGUGGUCUUCCGUGAGUAGUUCGAUGCAAAUGGCAGAAGAAUGCAUGAAGCAAGUUGAUGAUGACAUUCCAUUUUUAAAUCACAACAACACUCUGAUUGGUCUAGAAAAAUUUGCAGAAACAAUUGAUAAUGUUUUAAAUCGAAUACAUGCUGAAUUAACAAAUACAACUUUGAAUAUAGAAUAUGCGCUCCCAGGAACUAGUAAAAAACUGAUUGUUUCACUUAAAGCUCAUCAUAUUGAGUAUAAAAAUCAAACUGGCUUUGCAAAAUAUACGUCGACAACAAAUGAGGUUUCAAAACAUUUCAGCGAGAACGAUAAUCAAACUUUGACAUCGUUACCUAUGAUUGCUAGGCAUAACAUAGUUACAAACGAUCUAACUAUAUAUACUUCAGAAGUGAUCCACCAAAAUAUGCAUUAUGAGCACUUUGUAUAUAGUGGUCAAUUGUGUAAAAUUGUAAAGUUUAAAGGUUGCCAAAAUUUUCAAAUUAGUGUAAAGCAAACUGAAAAUGUAAUUGGGCCAAAGAUAAAUUUGGAAGUUGUUAUUGAUGACAUAUGUUUUAUGUUGACCCCACGCCAAGUUCAUCAUUUAGUUCGAAUGACAAAAGGAUUUAAUAAAGAAUGUCCAAAAGUGAGUUUCAAUAGAAAAUAUUCAGAUAUUAACUAUGUGCUUACAAGUGCACCAAAGAAUACGAAAAUGGCUGGAAUUAUUGAAAAUAAUGGAGAGUGGUGUACUGACUCAGUUAUGCUGAACAAACAAGAGUCUAUGUAUACAGAUAAAAAAACAAAAAUAUGUGAAUCCGUUAUAUCUUCGACUUCAACAUCAUUUAGUAAUAGUCAAACAAAUGCCGGUGUCGCAGAAAAAUCUGGUGAAAUUCUUAAAUUCAAAAUACAAGUAUACAAAAUAAUUGGACUAUUUUUACAUAACGAUAUCUUGUUACCCGAUACCAGCCAGACCACUAGCCACAAUAGUUUGUUUACUAACGAAAGUUUCACAAACUAUUCUAUUACGGCGGAUAAUUUUUUUUCAAGCACCCGCAAUAAUAGUUGUAAGGACUCGAGUCAUCUUCCAAUUAAAAAUACCAACUAUCUGCUGUUCAGAGUAUCGUCAAUAUUCGUAAAUGGAAAUCAGCAGAGAUUUUGUUCUGAGCUAACAUUAAAAACAACAUCCUCAGCAACAAUGGUCGAUAUAUCUGAGAUUAUUAAUAAUAUAGAGUAUUAUCUUAUUUUGUUCGACAGAAAAAAGAAUUGCCAGGACGGCUAUCACACUCGGCCGGAAUUAGUACUUUCUCAUAGCUCUAAAAAUGUAUUCAAACCAAAUUGUAAUAGAAGCAGUAACCAAAUGGAAUGCACACUUGAUGACUGUACCAUUGACUUGGAUAUUACAAUUUAUGAUCGCAUAAGUGCUAUUCUAGGUGUAUCCCCUUUUACUGAUCACGGGUGUAAAGAUAUUAUCUUGGAAAGCUCUAAUCCAACUGAGAUGCAAAUUAAAUGCAGCUUGCUUAAGAUGCACUUAAGAUUUCCUGUGGUUGAUGGAAGGCUACCCCAAGAUCCAAAUAAGAUCCCAUGGUGGGAGAAAAGUGUCCGAAUCGAUUAUUUAUCAUUGGAUUUACGGAAUAUUUCAGUUUUGUGGAACUCUAAUUUAACAAUAGAUAUAGAUGAGCUUGAUGUCUACUAUAUGGAAGACGAUUAUAAGAAUGGCACUCAUUUACUGAAUUGCGUAGGGGUUAAUAAUUUGGAUUGCAACGAUAGAAUCCGUAUUAAUGUGUCCCAGGUGGAAACCACAACCAAGCAUCUAAGAUUGCACAAUGAAAGUGCAAAGAACAGGAGAAACUCUCCUUUUAGCUCCAAUCAGUUUGGAUUCUCGUCUCAUCUUGACGACAAUACAGAAAAAGGUGAUGUUUUCUUACCUGGAGAAACAGACGAAAUCAAUGAAUUUUGUGAAAGUUGCAAAAAUUCAUCUAAUCUGAAAAUUGGUAUAUCUGUGCCAAAAAUAAAACUGACUCUGGAAUCAAAAGAUCUCUACGAGAUAAUUUAUAAUCGUUUGAAUGGAGAUCUUUUAAUGUGGGAGCCACAUUCACCUUUAUAUCAAAAUUAUGAGACUAAUCAUCAACAAAACAACGUAAAAUAUAAAAUGGGAUGGAGUGGAGAUGAAGUGUUUCAUAGUUUUAAUACCAAAUCAGAGCCUUCGGAAAAAUCAAAUUUAGUGGAAACAAAAAGCGUCUUCUCUUUGGAAUUAUGUAUUGCUGAAGGAAGUUUCAUAAUAUUCACAAAUGUUCUGGAGUCCGAUAAAAUCGUCCAACCAAUUCAUUACGGAAAACUACAAAUAAAUCUCAAGGGAUUUAAGCUAUUUACUGUAACCGCACCUAACAACGACAAAAAUAUCAGUUAUUUUCUAAUUCAACUGAGGGAAAUUGACGUGUAUCAUAUUGGCCAAACUCUUGAAAAUGUGACCGCUGCUUGGGAUGGCACUGUGGAUGAAGGUCUUACUCGCAUAAUUAGCAAUUGUUUAAAAAAAAACAGUUUAAGCAGUCGUCGGCAGGAAGUUUUAUGUGUUGUGGCUGAAAUCAAAAAACAGCCUGAAAAGCGUUUGAAGAGAAUGAAGCUGGCGAUUGGAUUAAAUGGUGCAGUCUUGUGGCAUUACCCAGCAUCCGCGAGUCAUAAUUGGAUUAAUCAACUUAUAGAUUUUCUUAAUGUCGCAGAUUUUCCCAUUGAAGAAUAUGAGCCAUUUGCACUUGUGUCGGAGAUUCAAGCUCAUUUUUGGAAUUUGUCAAUUGACUACAGGCCAAAGUAUCUUCCUUUUCGGACAUACAUUGACAUUGGUUAUUGCACACUUAGUAGUAAUAUUGUAUGUUCUAUGAGUGGAUGUACUUUACGGGUGAUGUCCGAAGAUUGUAUUCUUUCAAUUGGACCAGUUGCUAAGUGCGCUAAAGAUUCUAGUAAUCACUCUGAAUGUGGUAUUCUAGUACCAGUUUUGAAUAUUGGGUUACUCAAUGUGUCUCUUCGAAUAAAUGAGCAAAGUAAAACUUCGCCAUCAAUUGAUCUUCGAUCCUCAAUUCACGAUGUGCAUUUAAAAACCUGUUUUGAUUCAGCUGACGCUCUAGCACAGAUUAUUUCAUAUAUUGCAAAUGAUAAAGAUAUAAUAAAUACUGAUAAAACUACCAGUGAAGCAGAGAAAACUAUGAAUAGCACCGUGCCAAUUACAAAUCAGAAUAAUGAUCAAACUUCACAACACAUAAACAAUUUGAUGGCCGACGCUGUAAAGGACAUGUAUACCAAUAUUUCUUCCAGUUCUGCAUCUGUAGCAUUUAGUGAAAGUAAAAUGGAUCAGACGCAUGUAGAUGAACAACAUAAAAACUUAACAGAUAUUUCAUACGAUUGCACAAACUUUGAUUUUGAAUCUAACAUUAUGCUUCAAUCAUUCUAUCAGCCUAAAACUACUGAAAAUUCUUUGCCACAAAUUAAUGAGGAGCUGGGAUCUAUAUUUAAUGUUCAAACUUUAGAAGAGAAAGUUGAAAAGGAUUUUCAUAUAAUUCGUGAUGAUGAACUUUAUUUUAUGGAUCAGUUUGGGGUGCAGAAAAUAUUCAUUUCUGAAGAUCCACUUCGAAUAGUUGACGAUCAUUUCUGCUUGCCGAAUAAUAGAGCUGAUGUGCUUAGGCCGCCCGAGCAUUUUCCCGUAACUGAGCAGAGUUAUACGCUGUGUGAAAUGACAUUUACAUGGCAUCUCUUUGGUGGAAAAGAUUUUCCGGACCAUGAUUACUCGACUAGGUCAACAUCUUAUGUAAACAUAAGCAAGAUAAGUGGAAUGUCGGAAACAUAUAAACAAGGCGUAUCGGAGCCUCAAAAUAAAUCUGAAAAAAGAUUCGAUAAAGAAACUUGCAACGAAUCUCAAAUUUCUAUGCGAAACUCGGAAGUACUUGUCGAAAUUCAACUAUCAAAGAUUCGUUUCUCCCACGACAUAUAUCCUACAAACUCAAACUAUUCCUCUAGACAAGUGUUAAUUAUUUCGGAUAUUGAGAUAAGAGACCGUCUAGUGUCAUCUGAUAUAAACAAGUUACUUUAUCAUCCGAGUAAGAACAUAAUGCAACAACGUACUUAUGAAAAUAUGGUCACUGUAAAAUCGGUUAAUGCUCGAACAGAUAUUCCUAAAAAUUGGGCUGAAGAAUGCUCGUUAAAAGUUUCAAUAUUACCUAUAAGACUUAAUAUUGAUCAAGACACUCUAAAGUUCUUAGAAGAAUUUUUCACCGCAUUAGUUAAAAGAUCAACUACUGUAGAAUCGACAAUUAACCCUAAUUUUGAUACAAAUGCAUCAGAUCGAGAUGUGCCAAUAAUGUCUGUAAAUGAAAUAUCUGUUGAUGAAUUAUCACAAGCCCUACAAAAUUUUGGUCUGGACACAAAUGAAGAUGAAUACACUGCAUCCAGUGAAAAUAUAUCAACAAAAUCCAAAGACAACGUGGAAGACUUUUCACAAAGCAAUUGCUCUCCUAUUUACUUUAAAGAAUUUAUAUUUAGUCCGGCUUUGCCGAUCUGCUUUGACUACCAUGGGCGUAGAAUUGAAUUAUCACGCGGACCGAUAACGGGAUUAUUAAUGGGGCUUGCUCAACUGCAAGGAUCUGGAAUAUGCUUACGAGAAGUAGUAAAUAGAAGAGGACUUCUAGGCUGGGGUAAGCUUAUUGAGUUCCUCAGUAAGGAAUGGCUGAAGGAUAUCAAGAGGAACCAACUUCCAAAUAUAUUAAGCGGUAUAGGACCCACUAAUGCAGUUUUGCAACUGUUUCAAGGCAUCUUUGACUUGUUCAGACUUCCAAUACAACAAUAUAACAAGGACGGACGUAUUAUACGAGGAUUUCAACUGGGAGCACAAAGCUUCAGUGCACGCACAGCAUUUGCAGCGCUGGAGAUUACAUCCAGGAUAAUCCAUUUAUUACAAUUUACUGCGGAAACAACAUUUGACAUGUUAUCUGCCGGACCAUCCCCAAGAAAAAAGAGAAAAUCAAAACAUGGCAAAAAACGCAAAUGUCGGCCAAAGAAUUUGCGUGAAGGUGUUGAAAAUGCUUAUUUAAUAGUUAAAGAGGGGAUAAACGAAUCAGCAAAUACUCUCAUGGAGGCAGCCAUUGUGGAGCACGAUCAAAAAGGGUACAGUGGAGCAGUUGGAGCGGUUGUUAGACAAUUACCACAGCUGGUUGUAUGCCCGGCGGUUUUGGCAACGCAGGCAACAACAAAUAUAUUAGGCGGAGCAAAGAGUUCUCUUGUUCCUGAAGCCAAGCUUGAAGCGAGAGAUAAAUGGAAACCCGGAUUCAAUUAAAAUUCAAAUUCUUUUUAUUUCAUACAAUUACAAUUCAAAUUUAAGCACUUUUAUAUUUUCC